AUGCCUCUGUGGCGCGUUUUCCACCCGGACAACACUUUCACCACCAAGGAGGAGCGUGACGCUCUCUCUGCGGACAUCACCAAGAUUUACACCAAAGCCGGCCUCCCGGCAUUCUAUGUCGUCGUCAUCUUCAACGCCGUGCCGGCAGAGAAAAUAUAUGUCGGAGGAGUCUCGAACGACAAGGCCGGAACGCCCUUCAUUCGAAUCGUGUUCGAGAACAUCGCUCGCAAAAUGGGCAGCAGCGACCGCAAGAGCGGAUUCCUCUCACGGGUCGACGAAGUUCUGAAGCCGUACAUCGCCGACAAGGGCUACGACUGGGAAUACCACGGGCUGGAGACGGACCGUGAGCUCUGGAAGCUGAAUGGCCUUGUUCCGCCGGGCACGGGCACUGAGGGGGAGCAGCUCUGGGUCAAGGAGAACAAGGCGGUCCCAUACGAGUAG